GGUGCUCAAAACAACUGGGGUGCACAAAAUAACAGGGGUGCCCAAAAUAACAGAGGUGCACAAAAUAACAGAGGUGCACAAAAUAACAGGGGUGCCCAAAAUAACAGGGGUGCCCAAAAUAACAGGGGGGCACAAAAUACCAGAGGGGCACAAAAUAACAGGGGUGUGCUAAAUAAUCGAGGAGGGGCUCAAAAUAGAGGAGCAGGGGGAUGGGGUGGAAUCUUAGGCACAGGUGGGGCAAUAGGUGGUGCAGCUCCAGCAACACAUGCACCCCCACAACAACAGUUUGUAUCCAGAUAUGUGUGGAAUGCAGCUACAGGCACCUAUCAGCAGAUGCAAGUCCCUGUGACAAAUGUUCCCAAUGUUGCCUCUACAGUUACUGUAGCAACUACAGGAACUGGAGUUAUCCAUGAUCCUAUUAUUCUUGUAGCUGGACCAAGCACAUCCUCAGGUCUGUUAAAUACGGCACCCCCUCCAGCUACAGAUGCUACCCCUACACCUCAGCCUGCACAGCCCCCACCCUCAGAACCCAUUGAACUGAGCUCAGGGUCAGAUAGUGAGAUCAGUGUUGAUAAUAACUCAAAUGAUGAUGAUGAUUCUAUGAGGGAUUCUGAUGAUUCGGAAUAUUCAAUGGAGGGUGAUGAUGGGGCUUACUAUGGAGGUUAUGGAGCAUGUUAUAAUUGUGGUCACAGAGGUCACUGGGUGAAUGGAUGUCCCUACAGGUAAUUGCCUCCUACAACGCAAUAGACUUUCACAUAAUGGACUUGUAUCGCCAGCUUAUACCAGGUUGACAUACACCAUCUUACUGCUGACAGUUUGCAGUUACAAUAUUAAAAGUAAAGUUUUACAAUUUGUGAUGUUCAAGCUGAUGGCUGAUGGACAAUAUUGCUACAUACAUGCUGUGUAUGUAUAUUUGCUCAAGAUAGGACUACUAAUCUUCAUAAAUUCAAUUGGUGCUAUAUCUUAUAUAUCAAAAUUUUCAGCUAGAUAAGACAGCAAUAAAAUACUGUAUUAAGAAAUUAUGUUUUAAAUUCAUGCUUUUUCAUUGUACCAUUCCUCAAUAAAAUUUAAGUACAAACUA